CAGCGGUACCGUAGAGGAAGACUGCUAGCUUGUGUCAGCCUCAGCACCAUCGUGCUCGUCUGUCUUCCCCCCCCUCCAUCCUUCGCAUCCACUGCGGAACAUCGACCGUCGGCCUGUCUUCCUGCCGUCUUCUUCCUCAGCAGCAACAACAACAACAACACACCACCCAGACCGCCAUGGACAACUCCGGCAAAGAGAAGGAAGCCAUGCAGCUGAUGGCUGAAGCCGACAAGAAGGUCAAAGCUUCUGGAUCGUUCCUCGGUGGAAUGUUCGGUGGAAACCACAAGGUGGAGGACGCCUGCGAGAUGUACGCCAGAGCAGCCAACAUGUUCAAGAUGGCCAAGAACUGGAGCGCUGCUGGCAAUGCGUUCUGCCAGGCGGCCCGGCUCCACAUGCAGCUUCAGAACAAACUGGACUCUGCCACCAGCUUCGUGGAUGCAGGCAAUGCUUACAAGAAGGCCGACCCACAGGAGGCCAUCAACUGUCUAAAUCAGGCCAUCGACAUCUACACUGACAUGGGUCGCUUCACCAUCGCAGCCAAGCACCAUAUCACCAUAGCAGAGGUUUACGAGUCAGAGCUGGUGGACAUUGAGAAGGCCAUCGCACACUACGAGCAGGCGGCAGACUACUACAAAGGAGAGGAAUCAAACAGCUCGGCCAAUAAGUGUCUCCUGAAGGUGGGGCAUUACAGCGCCCAGCUGGAGCAGUACCAGAAAGCCAUCGAGAUCUACGAGCAGGUUGCUAUGAGCACCAUGGACAAUCCUCUGUUGAAGUAUAACGCUAAGGAGUACUUCUUCAAGGCGUCACUGUGUCACUUCAUCGUGGACGAGCUCAAUGCCAAGUUGGCCAUUGAGAAGUACGAGGAGAUGUUUCCUGCGUUCUCAGACUCAAGAGAGCUGAAACUGUUAAAGAAACUCUUGGAGGCCCACGAGGAGCAGAACAGCGAGGCGUUCACCGAGGCCGUCAAGGAGUUUGACUCGGUGUCCCGCCUGGACCAGUGGCUCACUACCAUGCUCCUCCGCAUCAAGAAGACCAUCCAAGGAGACGCCGGCGACCUCAAAUAGAGCGGCGACAGACGGGGGGCAGGGAGGGAGGGUGGAAGGCAUUUUGGGGUAUAUGUGGGGACGAGGCUGACCGAGGUUGAACUUGUACAUAUCAGUCUGCAUGUGACCCCCCCCCCAACAAGCUAAGCACCACCUUUAGAGCACCCUGUGUGUUCCUACUGACAGUAUUGUAACACUGGACACAUCCACACAAGUAUGUGUGAGUGAGUGAGUGAGUGAGUGAGUGUGUGUGCGUGUGUGCGUGCGUGCGUGCGUGCGUGCGUGUGUGUGCGUGUGUGUGUGAGUGUGUGUGUUAAAUUAUUUGAUGGGAAAGUGAGCAGAUUAUAAUGAAUAUACAGUAUAUUUAUUGUCCAUACUGAAACCAUUUAUUGUUUAUUCUGGUGCUCAGUGUCACCCUUGGUCUUAAUGUUUUAGCUCUUAGCGCCCCCCCACUUUGGGUUUGCUGCGUCUAGCCAGUGUGCAGCUCAUCUUCGAGCAACCGUCUCUGCCUCGUUUGUGCAUGUCUGUGCUGCUGUUGAUGCUGAUGUUUUCUGUGUCGUCGUGCUAAUGUGUGCAAAAACACACCCGUAGUUUGGUAUCAUUUGUGUGCAGUUGAUAAAAAUGUACCUUGAAAUAAUAAAUACACUGUCAUGCUAAA